GAUGGAAGAGGGGCGGAGCUUCGUCUGCAGGUGCAGCAGCACCAGGAGGACCAGCAGAGGAGCUAUGAGGAGCAGAGCGUCCUCGCUCUGGAAGACAGGAAGUCGGCACUGCUGAGAGCCAUGACGUCUUCACACACAGAGUCUGGAGCUGGGGCCCUAGACGGAGCCCUGCGAGGCCGGCUGGAGGCCCUGGACCGGAGCUUUACCUUCCCCUGUUCGGCGCUGGCGGUACAGCUGAGCACAGCGAGGGCGGGUCUGUCCUACUGUCCAGAGGCCCGGGCCAUCCUGCGGGCCGACCGGCCAAUCAGAGGGCGGGACGAGCUGAGCUGCGACACUGGCAGGUACCAGGUGUUCACAGACCUGAGGGGGCGGGGCUUCUACCUGACCUCAGCGGGGAAAUUUGGAGGAGACUUCCUGGUCUAUCCAGGUGACCCUCUUCGUUUCCACGCUCACUUCAUCGCCAUCUGUGUCUCUAAGAACGAGUCCGUCGGUCUGCUGGACCUCCUCUCAGUGGCUCGUCUGGGGUCCAACGUGAAGAAGACCGUCCUGCUCUGCUCGCCGGGGCCAGACGGACGAGUCCUGUACACUUCGUUACAGUGGAGCGGGAUGGUUUAGAGACCUGAACCUGGACCUUUAUUAGAAGGUAUCAGAACCCCUGCUGGGCCCUGGGCCCCAUGUUUGUUACCACAGACUGAGAUGUUGUUCUUCACCAGGCAGGUGAGUCUUUGUGGAUCAAAAGAUCUGACGGAGUCCUUAAAGGACCUCCUUUGACUUCAUGACUUCACGAAAUAAAGACCUGGACCUGCUUAAAA